AUGGAUAAAUUUAAAAAUAUGUCUCCAUCAUGUACGUUUUUGUUUUUAUCUGAGUUACAAUCGAUGAAUCAUGAAACGUUAAUAGAAGCGGGCUGCAAUUAUUUGUAUUAUUCGUUAGAGAAUAAUGGUGGGGGAACAUAUUAUAAUCAGGAAAAUACAAACCUUUUUUAUAAAUUUCUCACAGUAUAUGGUGAGUCUUUGUUAAAAAUACCACAUAAAUGCAAGUCACGUAAUGUAUUUAUUACAAUGAGCGAUUCUAUAAUUCUGAAACUCAUAGAUGAUAUGUAUACAGAAUAUAAUAGUUUAAAUUGGAGAAAAAUGGGCGAAGUGGGUGAAAAUAUAUUAAUGAAUUUUUAUAGUAAAGCAGAUUUUUUUAUAAGUCAGUAUAACGAACAUAUUGAAACUAAUGAGAUGGCAAGUAGUGAAAUUAGAGGUAUCCCUGUAUCUGAAAAAGAAAACUCUUGCAAAACUAAUAUAUUAUUUCCCAUAGUAGUUACAUUUGUAGUGACGACAUUGUCAUCUAUAUUGUUAUUUAUUUUUUUUAAGUUUACAGCAUUUGGUCCUUCUCUAAUCUAUAAAAUAUUCAUGAAAAGAAAUUACUGGUGUGAUAUAGAUGAAAAAAGAAAAUAA